AUGUAUUAAGCACACCCUUUAAUUACAAUAAGCCCUAUGCAAAGCAAGCUGUUUUCCUACGCUAAGCAAGCAAAACAUACUUCAAAAGGAACAGUCUCUUUCAAUUCUUUGCCAUUAACAGAAUCUAGUCUUUCAAGAGUAACUAGCAGUGGUUCUCGCGUAAAUACAAACAGUUCUUAUAAUGGAACUUUGAGCUUAUCUAAUUUUAAAAGUUCAAUUAGCAAUUCUUCUAAGUUCAGCAAUGCUUCUAAGUUUAGCAACCAAUCAAAUAUUUCAAAUAGUUAUAUUCAUACAGAAUUUGAUGAGAAUUCAUAAAGAUUAAAAUCGUGUUUCGUAGAUAAAUAAGUUGAAGAAGGUAUUUACACUGGUGCGUCAAACAAUAUUCAGUAAAGUGUCAUAACUUUAAAGAACUACAAAAAGAGAUUCUAUAAUAACUUAGGAUAGUUAAAACCAGGAGUUGCUUACAAUAAAUAUUAUGGGUAAAAUGAUCUCGAAAUUGAAGAGUUUGAAGAAACAUAUGAACCUUACAGCUAUUACAAAAUUAGCAGUAAAAAUGGUGAAAUUAUUUCUACUUCAAAUCUACGCCCAAAACAAAUAGUUUCUAUGAUAUAAAAGAAUUAAUAUAUUCCAACAAAUUGA